AUGGAGCCUCACUACGACUACGACUACAACGACCUGACCUAUACACCACAACAAUACGGCAGCCUCGCCCUCCCUCAGCCACAUCCUCCUUACCAUGACCACACCACCUACUCGCCGUCGUGCCACUACUACGACCAGCAGUCCUCCUCCUCUUUGGCGCACCAGCAGCAGCUUCAUUUCGGCGGCGGCGGCGGCGGCGGCAUUGACUACCAUGAUUAUGACAUGGACCAGCUCAGCGCCGUCAUGCAUCAAGCCGCCUCUUUCUCCGUCACCUCUGCUGCACCAACAACAAACCCCGGAUGGGAGGAGCAGGACGUCACCAACAACCAGCGCCGCGGCGAGCCCAUGAUGCAUCGUCCUGCUGUGACGGCAGUUGAUCCGAGCGGCGGCGGCGCGGCCGAGGACCCGCUCAUCGGGGUGCGCAAGCGGCCGUGGGGCAAGUACGCGGCGGAGAUCCGGGACUCCACGCGCAACGGCGCCCGCGUCUGGCUCGGAACCUUUGACACCCCGCAAGCCGCCGCGCUCGCGUACGACCAGGCGGCCUUCGCCUUGCGCGGCCCCGCCGCCGUGCUCAACUUCCCCGUCAACCGCGUGCAGGAGUCGCUCCACGUGCUGGGCUUGGCAACCACCUCCGCAGCCGCGGGGGACUCGCCUGCCCUAGCGCUCAAGCGCCGGCACUGCCUCAGGAAGCGCAAACCCAAGAACAACAAGACGAGCGCGCCUGCGGCGGGGAGGAAGCAGAUCCUGCCGGGUUCAGCUGCUCCAUCGGCUUCGUGCGUGCUGGAACUGGAGGACCUGGGAGCGGACUACCUCGAGGAGCUGCUCGGAUGUACGAUCGAUGACGGGUAG